UCAGUGCCAUCCGAUAAAAACACUAAUUGAAAUAUCCCAACAAAACCAUAAUCACCGGUGAUAGUAUUCUCUACUUCUUUCUUAGAAGAAAAUUAUUUCAGGGGAAGUGUUCAUUUAUUUGUUUGCAAUUCUACCUUGAAACUUCAUAAAAAUAAUGCAAUUGUGUUGAUUAUGGGACGUUUUCCUCUACUACCGGAAAAAGUUCAACAACUUAUCAAUGGGAAAUCUUAAGUCAAGUCUGAUUGCCUCUAGUAAUGGUUUUUGGACAUCCGACAAAGAUGCAAUUGCAAUGGUCUAUUUUUUGGGGGGGAUUUUCCCUCUUAAGUUCAUACUUCAUAGGCGAUUAUUAUCUAUUUUAUACAAGGAUAUUUUGGAUCUACAUAUUGAAGGAUAUUCUGCAAUGCCAUUUCAAUUCUUAAAGGAUCUGAGGCACGUGCAUCUGGCGGUCCUACCGGCACGCAUCCUAGAUAUUCUGAGGCCUAGUGGUGCAGUUCCGCAGAUGCGGAUACCUGUUCGUAGAAGCGAUUUUUGUGGAUAAUUGCCUACUCCGCAGAAGCGGAUACCUGUUUGCAGAAGCGAUUUUUGUGGAGAAUUGCCUACUUCGCAGAAGCGAACAUGUCACUGCAGAAGCGGCUUCGCAAAUGUGGACCUCAAUCGCAGAAGCGAAUUCGUGGUCGCAGGUGUGCUUCCAGUGAGAUUUCUUCUAUUCCGCAGAUGCGACCCUUUUUUCGUAGAUGCGGGCCCGCAAAAGCGGGCACCAUUCCGCAGAUGUGAUUUCACUAAAGGCAUUUUGCACUUCUUUCCCUAUUUGUUUGCACGAUUCCACUUCAUUUAAUUUCAAUUCUCUUCGAGACUUCAUUUACUUGAAAAUCUAGCAAUGCACACCAUAAAUCACCUUAUUUUAUAAUUAAAGGACACAAAAACUAAAGAAAAGAGACUAGAAUAAAUGGUAAAAUCAUCACUCAUCAGAGCGUACCUAUGAGUCUGCAGAAGCAGGAUUGUGGUUGCAGGUGCGGAAUUUUCUUGGCUCUGGGCGCGCAGAAGCGGACGUGGGGCUGUAGGUGCGGUCUCGCAGGUGCGAGACCUUGUCCGCAUAAGUGGUAGGUCAGGGGUCAAGUGUAAGACCUCAUGUGCGGAUCCCUGACCGCAAAAGCAGUGCCACAGACGCGGGUUAAAUGAACCGCAUGUGAGAUUGGAGAGAAUGGGAGGACUGAGUGACUGUUACUCUGAGUAUAUGCACUUGAUUUCAUUACUGUCAUACUUCGACUGGCAUAUAUCACUGUCAUGAAAUUCCUGAGAGAUACUAUAUCCUGUUUCAAUUGAACUUGGCAUGAAUUAUAUGUUUAAACUUUAAGUAUCGA